UCCAGGGUCCGCACUGUGUUUACUUCCGUCAAUAUUUCCAGCACGGCAGGCAAGCGGGGAGGCGAGCGGCGGAACCAGUCACACGCCAUAAAACAAAGGGAGUUGUUUGCCUGUUAAGGUGUUUGGAGUGGCAGCGAAGCUCUCUGCUCACUGUCCCCCCAUCUCCCCUCAGCUAAAAUGCCUUUCUUGGGAAAGGACUGGAGGUCGCCAGGAUGGAGCUGGACGAAGACAGAGCACGGCUGGAAGAGGAUUGUCUUCUAUGGACACGUUGUUGAGGACAACAACAGAGAAAUAGACUUGAAAGAGCUCUGCAGUGACAACAAAGAAAAUCUGUUUGUUGGAGAUGUGUGUGAACUCGCCACAACAAAGAGGAAAAAAGACUUCUACAACAAUAACACUAAAUCUCAGUUUGUCUUCAGGGAUAAAUGGAUCUAUGUGCAGAGAGGGAGCACGAAAGAACGACAUGGAUACUGCACGCUUGGUGAAGCGCUCAACCGUCUAGACUUUUCCAGUGCCAUUCAGGACUUGAGAAGAUUCAACUAUGUUGCAAAACUUUUCCAGCUAAUAGCAAGGUCUCAGCUGACUUCUUUGAGUGGAGCGGCCCAGAAAAACUAUUUCAAUAUACUGGAGAAGAUUGUACGAAAGGUGCUAGAGGACCACUACAAUCCUCGCCUUGUCAAGGAGCUGCUGCAGGACCUGAGCUCGACUCUGCACAGUCUAACUGUCCAUGUUGGCAGGUGUGUCCUCGUGGGCAACGUCAACAUCUGGUUGUGCCGACUGGAGACCAUUCAAAAAUGGCAGCAACAGCUCAACAACCUGCAGAUCCCCAAGCAAAUUUGCAACGGCAUGUCAUUCAAUGAUUUGCCACUGUACAUGCAGAGUAAGAUCCUGUACAAUUUAUCUGAUGCCUAUGACAUCAUUAACCUGGGGCAGGCCACACCCACGCUGCACUUCCUCAGUGAGAACCGGACGCUGUGGAAGAGGCUGUGCCACUUUCACUUCGCAGACAAACAGUUCUGUAGGAAUUUGGUCCUAACCAAGAGUGACAACGUGGACUGGAAACUGAUGUACUUCACCCUGCAGAAACAGUACCCCAUGAAAGAGCAGUACGGCGACACCUUGCACUUCUGCAAACACUGUAGCAUCCUCUUCUGGAAGGACUGUGGCCAUCCGUGCACAGCCAACGAUCCAGACAGCUGCCUCAUGCCCAUCUCUCCGCAGCACUUUAUUGACCUCUUCAAGUUUUAAACCCUCCAUGUUGUUCUUCAAGCGAAGCGUCCGUUCGACCUCAUUCCCAACCCAAGAGUGUGUACGAGACUUUUUACCCAAAUACAAAGGGCUUCAACUGAAAUAAAGUACUUUUCUAUGUCUUAAUUUCCCUACGCAAAAAUGUUUUCAUAAGACAUCGGAAAGAUUAAAUGUGUAUUCUUGUUGAUUUUAAGAAUUUUAGUGAUGGAUGAAAUAUAAAAGAAAUUUAUAUGUUUUUCCUCUUUCCUAUUUCCAAAUGUUUGUCUUCUUGACAAAAAAGGCUACUCCUGACAAAGAAAAUAAAAAGUAAUAUGUACAUUUAAUAUGAGUAUUUCAAAAGGAUUUAUUUGCAAAAGGAGUUGUAGCAUGUUUAUAGUAGGUAAGUGAUGAUAGGUAAUGUGUAAAAGGUCUUUGUAAAUUAUGGAAAAAGGAAAAAAUUUACAGUGUGGCAGAAUAGGAUAUUGAUUGUUUAUUUAAUGGGGUUAAACUAUUCUGCUUUUUGGUGUUUUGUUUUGGGUGUAUUUUUCUGCAAUAACUGAAUGCAUGUCAUGUUUGAGUCUCUGUUUACAUACUGUAUGUUGUCCUUGAAUUCUUGCUGUGCUCUGUGUACACUGAAGGCGUCGACACUAAAAGAAAAUAAUGUAAAACUCCAUUAGCCGUACAAGUUUUUACAAUCUGUCAAGUGACAGACAGAGGAAAUGUAAUACAUUAUUUAUGGGGGGAAAAAAAGUUUUGUAUCCUUCCUCCAACUUUUGUAAUAUUCCUUUACCAUUCCAAUACUCUUGUUGGUACUAUCAUGACAUUUUACUGGACAGGAACUAGCUAAAAAUAA